CUCGACCGUCUCCUGCCAUGCCAAAAACGUAAUUUCUCUCCGCCAUCUUCUCCUCACGCAUGCGCACAAUUUCCUCCGUCUUCCUCUCUCGAAAACUACAACCAGAAUGGCGAGCCCGAGCCCAAAGUACACGCCCGAGCAGAAGCAGCUCGUGAAGACGGUGAUGGAAGACAACGCAAUCAACAAGGACACACUGCUGGCCAUGCUGCACGACGACCCGACACUCGGAUGUUCGCCCAUCCCGCCGCAGCCGCUCGCACACAAGCGCAAACUCUCGUCAGGCGAAGAGUGGCCGUCGAUGAAGCGCAAUCUGACGAUCGAGGACGGCCAACUGGUCGACGAGUUGUGCAGGCACGAUCCCAUUAUUGCUGCCAAGAUAAUCCAUGCCUACAUUCACAGACACGGUAUACUACAACGUGACAUUGUCAGGGCGACGGGGCUCAGCCAGAGCCACCUCUCUCAGCAUCUCAACAACGGCACGUCGAUGAACUUGGCGAAACGAAAGAAACUGUACGAAUGGUACGUAGAAGAUCAACGGCAGUACUCACACUGUGGUGAACGAAUCUCGUUGACAGAUCCGUCUGUACUCGAGGAUACUGUCAUGGAAACAAGUCCAAAGAGAUCACGUUCGUCGACUACCCGUUCGAGUGCUCGUAGAACGAAAGUGAAAUGGGGUUCCGAUGCAUUGAAGGUCUUAAACGAUGCAUAUGCACUGAAUGCUCGUCCGACGAAAGAACAGAGAAUGGACAUCGUAGCAAAGUGCACCCAACUCGAGGCGGAGAACAUGGAACACAAGCUGGCGGUACCGGGAAGUGAACCCGGAGAGAUUGCUGUCGUGACCGAGGAACGAGUGCUGACGUGGUUCGCAAACAAGCGGAAAGACGAACUGCAGAGAAAUAAAUUGCAACAGGCGGAAGCUGCCGUUCGACUGGCAUCAGCACAGACAAAUGAAGGGCACCACGUGUUGACCAAUGAAACGGUACAAGUCGAUGCAAUACAAGGCACAAUUCAAGUUAGUCAAGCGAGUCCUCACGUCUUACUCGCUCCAGUCCAGACCGAAGGUGGCGGACAAGGAGGCGUACAGUUUGUUCAAGUGUCUAUCGACACGGGUCACGGGACGCCGGCAGAUCUUGCCGGCACGACAUUCGUCAUGCAGAACACAGGAAUCACUUUGCAGGCGGCAGGGGUAACCACGCCGGGUGCCACGUUCGUCGUCGACGGCACCAGUCUACAGCCACAAGUGACGCCCACCAGUCACGAGGACCAAAUCGUUACGACAGAAACCGUGGAAGUCAGCGGCGAGGUGAGCGCCGAAGAUAGUGCUGCAGGGGCUGUUGUCAUUGACGUCGAAACAGAAGUGCCCGUCGAAGCAAUGAGUUGA